AUGAUCGAAUUCUACGCAUCAGACUAUUUAGCGAACUCGAUGUUGUACCACGUCUAUAGGCAACAUCUGCUGGAUGUGAUCGUCGGUCCGGAAAGCAGUCCACAGCUAAAGGAUCUUCUCAAAACGACUUGUGGAAGUGGAUUCUGCAUCGGCGAAUUUCUCGGCGCCCUCGGUGAGCAGUAUCCAAAUCGAGAGGUUGAGGUGGCGUUCACUGCGAGGAAGGCUCCGCUGAUCGUAUUUGUUGAAAAUCGAGCAAGAUUCAGACUGCACGGAAGGAUGAACAUGUUUGUGAGACCGGCCAAUGAGACGCAAGUUAAAGAGAUGAUUAUACGCUCGGAUACUACGAUGACAGCCAACAUAGUCAUGUGGAUCAAUGGCUCACGAAUCCUCGGUAAUGCAACAAUUGAGAAUCUUGAUUUCAAGCUGCUCGAAACGAAGACUAAUUUCACGAGCGUUAUCUUCGAGUGGUGA